CACACAUAUAAAACGUUAAACGGCAGCCAAGUUCUACCUCCGCUUCUUCUUGCUUUCAGAUUUUGGAAUGGUGGCGAGAGCUUAACUGACACCGGACGAUUACUGAAGAAGUCAACGAGUAGCUGUGGAUAGAUGGUGCACGUCGCGUUUUACCGCAACUUAACAUGUGUUGGGGAAAGAGAAGUGACUUUAUCUAGGUGGCGAGCAUGGGAUUUUUGGGGGAUGCUUCUUGCUGGGGACUUUUGAUGCGUGGUGCUUAAUGGAGAACCAACCAUCUGGGUGAUGUUUGUACUUCCACUGCACAAGAUGGUAAAACUUUUAAGAAACCGAGGCGUCCAUAUGAGAAGGAACGUUUAGACGCCGAGCUAAGACUUGUAGGAGAGUAUGGACUCCGCUGCAAGAGGGAACUCUGGAGGGUGCAGUAUGCACUAAGCCGUAUUCGCAAUGCAGCAAGAAUGCUUUUAACUCUUGACGAGAAGAAUCCACGUAGGAUUUUUGAGGGUGAAGCUCUUCUUAGGAGGAUGAAUAAGUAUGGUCUUUUGGAUGAGAGCCAAAACAAGCUUGAUUACGUGUUGGCCCUCACUGUUGAGAACUUUCUUGAGCGCCGCCUUCAAACAGUCAUAUUCAAAGCGGGGAUGGCCAAGUCAAUUCAUCAUGCCCGAGUUCUCAUCCGGCAGAGACAUAUUAGGGUUGGGAGACAGGUGGUUAAUGUCCCUUCCUUCAUGGUUAGGGUGGACUCCCAAAAGCAUGUUGAUUUCUCAAUCACUAGUCCAUUUGGUGGUACUGGCAAACCUGGUAGAGUGAAGCGCAAGAACAUCAAAGCAGCAUCGUCCAAGAAAGAUUCUGGAGAUGGGGAUGAAGACAAUGAAUAGUCGUUCAAUGGUGGUGUUAGAGGUUGAAUAAGUAGUUGUUAGUUCUCCAUCUAUCGAUAACCUUUGUUUUACUUGUCGCUGAGCUGAGCGAUACAGAUGGUGCCAAACAUAGUUCCCGCAAUAGAAACAAGGAACUGCAAGUUUUGCAUUUCUAAUAGAAUGUUUGCUCAGCCUGGUUUGCUAUGUUAUGUUCAUUUCUGUCUUGUCGUUUUCUCCUUUUGGUAAAUCUGCCUCUUACGGUUAACAGUUUUGGUUGGUGAUCGUCUCGUUCAGAAGGCGACGUUGUCUAUUCUCCACGUCCAUUUUGGGCAUUUCGUAGAGUGUCAUGAGCUAUUUCGAGUAGGAAUGGCAAUGGGCAGGUUUGGGGUUGGUAUUUCGAUACUCAUACCUGUUCUGUGGUAGGUCGGGUUCAGGUCGGGUAAUUUGUCAUGAGGCGGGGAUUAGGGCAGGUUGACCCAAUCGGUAUGUAAUUUAUAUGAA